AUGUCAGACGCCGGGGGGCCGUAUCUGAGCGUCGACGGGGACGCGCUCAACUCUUGGUCGUUCGAUGUGUUCACCGUAGGGGAAAACAAGGAGCUAUUUCCGUACGUCGUGCGCAUGUUUCACGAAAUGAACAUGUUUGAGCUCGUCGAUCAGUUCAAGUUUCGUCGCUUCUUAUCUGAGGUCGAAGGCAUGUACCGGGAUAAUCCGUACCACUGCUUCAAGCACGCCGUCGACGUCACGCACACGACGUAUUUAUACAUUUGCGCGGUGAAAGAGCAAGUCAGUAUGACGCAAGUAGAAAUAUUCUCUCUCCUCGUUGCCGCUUUGGUGCACGAUUUGGAUCAUCCCGGGGUUACGAACGGGUAUCUCAUCGCCACGCACGAUAACAUAGCGCUGACGUACAACGACGAGAGCGUGUUGGAGAAUCUUCAUCUCUCGCGGUUCUUUUCUUUGUGUCAAAACAACGAAGACGCAAACAUUCUCUCUGCAUUUGACGAGAGUACGUACAAAGAGAUUCGUCGAUCUAUUAUAAGUUGCGUGCUACACACAGACAUGGCGCAUCACUUCAAGCUCGUCUCGCGAUUGAACGAACUCGUCGCUCUGGGUAAGAAGAACAACAUCAUCAACGGUUCACCGAUGAAAUCGACAACAGACGACGAGCGUCAGCUGAUGCUGAAUGUUCUCCUGCACUGCGCGGACAUCUCCAACGCCGUCAAGCCAAACGAGCUUUGCGUCAAGUGGGCAUCGCGGGUGCUGGAAGAGUUCUUCAAUCAAGGCGAUCGCGAACGUUCAAGAGGAAUGUCGAUCAGUCCUAUGAUGGAUCGCGAGACCACGUCGGUGGGGCUAUCGCAGAUAAACUUUAUUGAGUUUGUUAUCGCGCCUCUCUACGUGCAAUUUGUGGCGGUGUUCCCAGCCCUGAACGGCCUCUUGACGCGACUGAUCGAAAAUCGUCGAUACUAUCAGGAGACGUAUGAAAACGAACUCGCCGACAUGACUAAAGGCGAUGGCACCGAUCGCUCUCCAGAGAAAGAAUCACUUCGCGCGCGAUUCCGCACGCUCAUCGAAAAGCACUCGCUGCGUCGCUUCGUGGAUGAAAGCGAUAAUCUCAUGAAGGCCAUUCUAUCGCUUCCACACACGCGACGGUCGAGCGCGACUCGUUCUUUCAACGCGAUGCUUUCAUCGCCGUCGAAGAAGAAAACGAUGUGA